CCGUGUUUACAUAGAAAAGCUUCUUUUUUAAAAAAAAAUAAUGAUUAGGAAAUAGAAAGCUUUAAGGACUGUCGAAAGAAGAACAAAAUGUCGCUGAUUCUGAAUUUGUCGCAGUAUUUUGCAAUAGUUUUAAAUUACAGUAUGCUUGGGGUAUGUUGGUUUUACCGUUAUCUGAAUCACUGCAGUUGUUUUCUUUGAUUUCAAAUAUUGCGAAUAUUGAGAAGUGAAUGGGGCUCGGAGCAGGGUAGAUUUUUAAGGCUUCGAAAUGAUUUCUUACACUGUACCUAAUUUAGUGCGCCAUUUGAAUAUACAAAAUGUACUUCAGAGAAAUUGUUUAUUCAGUAUAAUUGAUGUUAUGAAGGUUUUUUUUUUAUUAUUUGAGUAAGCGAUACAAAUGUGUUAUACAAUCAAUUUCACCGUGUAUAUAUACACUGUAUCCCUCUGCUAAUAAUUAGUCAUUUUUAUUUUUAGAAGUACUGCAUUAGAAUACAUGGUUUGUGUGCAUUUCCAGCAUUUUGAUUAAUAUAUACAAGUGUAAAAUACAUGUACGUAAUGUUCGCAUCUUAUGAAUUAAAUUAGAGAUAUAUAACAUCUCUGAUUAAUUAAAUCAAUUGAUUUUAAUUAGAGAUGUUAUAUAGGAUUUCGUUUUUCAUUUUAUGCAAUCUUAGUCUAAAGUAACUAUCUGUAAACAGUUAAUUAAGCCAUCUUAGUCUAAAGUACUUAAAACAGUUACAUUUUUAAACAUUUGUUUGAUAGGUUUAAAUUCGCACAAAUAGGUUUAAGAAAUACUGUUAUCGUAAUGAUGUAACAAUGAAUUUGAUAUUGAAAACAUUAAUGUCGUCAUAGUAUUUUUUUUUUUUUUUUUUUGUUACUUGCGCUAAUGUAUAUUUUCAUCACAGCGGUAUUUCAUUCAAUUCAGUGUCAGCGAAACCGAAUUUUGAGUGAAACGGAACUCAGUUAUGUGCACUGAAUCAUUAAAGAAUACUGUUAUAAUUUAUUAAUCUUCGACAUUUGAAAACAUAUCAAAUUGAUGGGGUGUCACAGGGGGUUGAAUAGUUACGACCUCAUGAUUAACCAAUUAUUAAUUAAAUGUCGUCGCGGGUUAGCGGUCAGUCUCGUGGCAGAGGCUUGACAGUAUUCCACAGGUAACGGUGAAGUGGACUGCCGUCUCCAACUCAAUGUCACCGAGACUGAGACUGCCCGAUAGUGAUAGACAUCACGGGCCAUGGGUACAUGUAUAAAACAGACCCCAACAGAGGAGUCCAGCACUUCCAAACUUUAUUGCUUAACUUAUUAGUACGACACAGAAAGGAAUCUCACGAAUACUAAAGGAAAAUGGAUAUCUGCAACUCACGACUGAAUUUGGUAGAGAAUGACUUCUUGAAAGUAUCCGAGUUCGAGUAUGAUAAUGAAGGGUGUUCCUCUGGUUAUGAUUCGGCCACAGAACAGUCCAGCUCCGACAAGGAAUCCGAUACAUCAAUCUCCGAGGCCAGCAAAGACGAAGACCCAACCGCUGAAUCGGAAGUGAUGAAAUACAGAAGUACCCAAGAGCUCUGCAACUCCCUCCAGUACAUUAUCUCACUUCCGGAUCUCUGUGACGUAAAAUUCCUCGUUGGAGAUAAACGUGUUCCGGUUUAUGGUGUCAAGGCAAUUCUAGCCACGAGAAGUCGCAUGUUCUACAACCUAAUCCUGGAGGCUCAGCGACAGUCGCCUGUGUCAAAAAAAUCUAAAAAGAAGAGCGGAAAGAACAAAACUCUCUCCAACCACAUUGCUAUUGAAAUCAACAACUACCAGCCUGCAGAUUUCAAGGAACUUAUCAACUUUGUGCACUGUGGGAAAGUUAACAUUAGAAAUUCAAAUGUGGCGGGGCUAUACUGCGGUGCUUCCGAGUUUCAUCUUCCUGAAUUGAAGAUCGCAUGUCGAGACUUCACAACAAGAUCUAUGAGGAAUGGCAACACGGCAGUCAUCCUGAAAUCAACGAAAAUCUAUCUCGAUCGUCAUCGCGCUGGAAAAAAGUUUGUGGAGAAGAUUCGGGGUUAUCAGAAAUCCAUGAAUGGCUGAGAUAUUGGUAACUUUACCCAGGAUAUGCUCAGUACCAGUCCCCAUAGAUCAUCUUGAUCAAGGACAGCACCCGUGCAUUACAUUGCACCUGCCACGACCAAAAUCGUGGAAGAAGAGGUCAGUGCAAGCAGAGAGAGAGCACACCAUACUAACGAAGUGAGGUGUUCCGAAUGAAGAGAAAAAACAAUCUACCGUCCCCAGUGGACAGACACGUGUCUUACGUCGUUGCUCGAUAUUUCAUGUAAUGUAUCAGAUUUAUGAAAGUGAUUUGUACAUUUAAAACAAGUGCAAAUAAAAUCCUCUUCAAA